AAAUAAUCUGCAGAAAGAAAGUUUCCAUUUCAAUCUCCCUUUAUCAGAAACCCUAGCAGUUCUAAUUCUAAAUGCUCUGCAGUUUGUUUGGAGAAUAUUAAAGAGUUACAAACACACGUCUCUGUUGUGAUUGAACUACAUUUAAAACUGAAAUGAGGGAAUGCUGUACCGCUAAUGAAAUCAAGGCAAAAUCAUCCAUUGGACAAUGCGAUUGAGCUCUGGGACCAUUUAUGGUCUUCUAAGUAUAUUAAUAAUGUAACUAAUGCAAUGAAAUCUAGUCAUAUCACCCUUAAUGAUGAAUCUCAACUGUUCCAAACUAGCAAAACUAACCAAGCUGUCUUUGUGUCUUUUAGAAAAUGGGGGUCUUCUGGAUCAAAAUGGCAAGAUUAAUACAUUCAUCUCAUUCUUUUUAUUAAAUUACUUAAAUUAUUGUAUUCAUGAGCAAGAACACAAACUAAACUUUUCACUCUUUUCUGUUUUAGACAUUUUAAAAAGGGAGAAUGAGAGUCUGGGAGAAGAUUGCGAAGAACUUCAACAGGACCGGAAUAUUUUAAAAAGCGAGAAGAAUAAACUGGGAAAAGAAAAAGAGGAUCUAAAAAGAGAGAACGAGAGACUGGGAAAAGAAAAUGGGGGACUUCUGGAGCAAAAUGAGACUUUAAAACAGGAGAAAGAGAAGGUUGAAGCAGAUUUUAAAGAACUUCGAAGAAAUACCAACACGUGUGUCUAUGCCGUUGACAGAGAUUGGAAAAGAUUAAUUGAAGCUUGUGUCAUUGUGACUCUAGACCCUGACACAGCCAGUCCCUGCCUCGCAGUCUCUGAAGACGGCUCACGAGUGAGAUUCACAGGGGAGGGAUCAGCAGAGUGGCCCAGUGUGCUGGGCAGGGAGGGGUUCACCUCAGGGGGGCACUACUGGGAGGUGGAGGUGGGGGAGAAGGGCUACUGGGUCCUGGGGGUCUCCACACACCCUCAUGAGAAGAGCAUACCUCAGAAACCAGGGGAGGGCUACUGGCUUGUGAGGCUGGUUAAAGGGAAGACCUGUAAAGCUGUGAGCCAGUCAGUGGAUCAGACCUUAAAUGUGGAGAAGAUGUGCAAGAUGUGGGGGGUGUAUCUGGAUCACGGGGGAGGGAGGCUGUCGUUUUACAAUGCAGAGACCAGAUUUCACAUCCAUACUUUAGAAGGCUCAUUCCCUGGGCAGGUCUACCCCAUUUUCAGCCCAGGGUCACACGAUAAAGGACCCUUGAUAAUCAAUACAAAAGUGAAGAAUGUGUAGUCCUGACUAGUAGCCUACUACACUAUAUUAUAUUAUAUAUAUAUAUAUAUAUAUAUAUAUAUAUAUAUAUAUAUAUAUAUAUAUCCACACAGUUAUGUGCUGUGGAUUCUAAUUGAAGGACAUAGAUAUUUUAACAACACAUUGACACCACGAUUUUAUUUCAAAUAUUUAGACUCGUAUUUCCUCAAUCAGAUAUCCUGCUUGCAUAUUCAUAUUAGAUUUGCUGGUUUAAGAGUGGUAUUGGUUUGUAUAGAAAAGCCACAUGGAUGAAUGCUUGUUUUUCCAUGUAGUUGAUAUUUACACUGAAGCUGGAAUAUCACCUGGAUAUUAUUGCUGGCUGAGAUUAAUGUUCUGACUUGUGCUAUAUUGAUGCUAAUCUUCUUUUACAUUUUUUUUUCAAUGUAUUAUUUUACUAACUUUAAUAAAAAUAUAUAUACAUAAAUGUA